AUGUCGGACACAGCGCCGCAAAGACGCAAAAUGGCAAAACACCGAGCGGACAAAGCUCUUUCCAAAACGAGAGCGAAUCUGGGGGUGACUUUCACCCGCUGGCGAGCACUGGUCCUGAAGAGGCUGCUGCAGCACUACCUGAUCGUCAAACUGGAGAAGUGUGAGUUCCACGCCACCACAGUCUCCUUCCUGGGCUCCAUCCUCUCCCCUUCCGGCAUGUCAGUGGAUCCAGAGAAGGUGCGAGCUGUGUCGGAGUGGGUCCAGCCCAAGUCGGUGAGGCAGAUAAAGCAAUUCAUGGGCUUUGCCAACUUCUAUCGCAGGUUUAUCCGGGGCUUCAGCACAAUCGCGGCCCUGAUAAAUGACACCACCAAGAAGAGCUCCUCCCCAUUCCGCUGGACCCCCCAGGCGGACCGGGCCUUCGCCCGGCUCAAACAUUGCCUCACAUCAAGCCCCGUCACUGUCCAUGCUGACUCGGCGCUGCCCUUGUUGUGA